AUGUCGCAACGCCGUUUUUUUCCUCGAGCAAGCAAGCUCUCGACAAGCAACCUUCUGGCCGAGUCUCAUCCUUUCAACCACCCACGAUUCCGCACUGAACAUCCCGCCCUUGGUACCGGCAGGCUCGACUCGGAUACCAGCACCCAACCGAGCGGUUAUCAGGCCCAAUCCAUAGGUUUUACCCAAUCCCUCAACAAUUCAGGGUCCCAGACCCAGUUUGGGUCUUUCUCCCUUGCCCCGGACCCUAUGACAUGGGGCUCCAAUCUUUCUCCCGACUACCCAGAGCCAGACGACUACCUUCAUAACCCGGACCCAAAACGAGACGUUAAUUACGACGCAGGAGGGCACUUCUGUACCUAUAGGGGCCUUACGAAUUUGGGAUGCAUGAUCACGCUCUGUCUGGGCGUUUUGGCACUGUUUGCGGGAUAUCCCAUCAUUUCGCACUUUACCUCCCCUCGACCUUCGAAAAUGGGCGGUUUCAACUAUGGCGGCAUCAACGCUUCAGGCCAAGUACCAAACCUUGGCAACUGGGGUCUCAUUGACCUGGAUACACCAAAAAACGCGUAUACGAAACUUUCUUACACUAAUCCAAGCCAGACUCUGCAACUUGUCUUUAGCGACGAGUUUAACGUCGACGGAAGGUCGUUCUACCCCGGGGACGACCCCUAUUGGGAAGCUGUGGAUCUUCAUUAUUGGGCGACCAAUAAUCUGGAAUGGUAUGAUCCUGAAGCUAUUACGACCAAGGGCGGGUUCCUCGAAGUCACCCUUUCCAAGAAGAACACCCAUGGCAGACAGUACCAAGGAGGGAUGAUGUCGACCUGGAACAAGUUUUGUUUUACUGGUGGACUUUUGGAGGCGGCCGUCGUCCUACCAGGAGUUAACAAUGUGAUGGGUCUUUGGCCAGCCAUCUGGUCAAUGGGAAACCUGGGCCGCGCAGGUUACGGAGGGAGCCUGGAAGGGAUGUGGCCAUACACAUACGACUCUUGCGACGUGGGGACAGCGCCUAACCAAACCCACAAUGGAUUACCGAUUGAAGCCACUAUUAAUGGAGAUCCGUCGGAAAACGGAGCACUUUCGUAUCUGCCAGGACAGAGGCUCUCCCGUUGCACUUGUCCCGGAGAAGCACAUCCUGGCCCCAAGCACUCCGACGGGACCUACGUAGGUCGUGCAGCGCCUGAAAUUGACGUUUUUGAAGCCCAGAUAUCUGGUGACCCCUUGGCGGGCGGCGUUUCUCAGUCUGCUCAGUGGGCGCCGUUUAACGCAGGAUACGCAUGGUUUAACAACACCGAUAAUUUAUUCAUUGCCAAUCAUACUCGGACGGUCCUCAACACUUACGCUGGUGGCGCCUUCCAACAAGCCACUUCAUGUGUGACGGAUACAAACCCGGCAUGCUAUGAACUGGAAGGCGGGUGUUCUUCGGUCUACGGGUUUGAAUACAGGCCGGGUUUCGACAGCGCUUACAUCAGUUGGGUCGCCGACGGGGAGCUUGCAUGGACACUCAGGUCGGGAGGCAUGGAUGCCGACUCUCGUGUCGAGAUUGGACCGAGGCCUAUUCCCCAGGAACCCAUGUAUAUAAUCAUCAAUCUUGGGAUGUCGGAGAAUUUUGGUUUGGUCGAUUUCGACCAUUUGACGUUCCCAACGACAAUGAGGGUCGACUGGAUCCGCGUCUACCAGCCCAGGAACGCGAUAAACAUCGGGUGCAGCCCAAAGGAUUUUCCAACUGAAGCAUACAUCAACCGCUACGUCGAUGUGUAUACCAAUCCCAACAUUACCACCUGGAGGGAUGACUACCACCAACCUUUCCCGCGAAACCGAUUCUUGGGACAAUGUUGAUGUUCGGAGCUAGAGAAAAGUAUUACUGCGACGUCGAUUAAAUAGAAAAGAUAGCGGAAGUGGGUGUAGAGUAUAGCGGUAAUUCUACAUUAUACAGUCCC